AUGGAUACAAAUUAUCAUUCUAAAGGCAACACGGACAUCGACUACCUCAUCUGCUCACCUGACAUCUUGGUCAAGAAACGCACUUCCGUCGAUCCGGCCUAUACCUGUGACACCACCGCCCUCGAGUUCCCCUGCAACUCACCAUAUUGGUUCAAGAUUCGGGAAGACCCGGCGGUCGGAAGCUGCGUUGACACGUCCACUUGUCCAUAUUGUAUGUUGACUAAGGACGUGAAAUGCUAUACGAUACUUUCUGCUUCGGCCAUGGCUUCGGCACAAAUAAUGAUGGCCCGCUUUGACCCGACCGCCCCAGCAUGGACGGGCAUCAAAUACGCGAAUUCGACUUGUAUGAUUUUGAACUCGACGGGAAUCGACGCCUACCCGGAAUCGUAUCUGUUGAUCAGGGGAUCGGCGGCUAUACAAGACUAUGAAUUGACGACGUGCAGCUCCUAUGAUAAUACGAGCAGUUCAACCGCUCCCGCCUACACAUGCGAGGUCGCGAUUGGAAGCGAAUUUCAGUGUGGUCUGAGAAACUUUACAAUACGGCCAAACGCCGCCCCAACACCAACCUGUGGAGCAACAUGUGCACAGUGCCUAAAUCAAGGCAAACCCUGCUAUACGAUGCUGACCGCAGCGGACUUGACCAGAUCACAAAUCAUCAUGGCCAGGACCAACAUUGCCGCGCUGGCUUGGACGGGUAUCGUCUACAACAAAACCACAUCCACCUGGGUGACGCAGUGUACGGUGGCGAAUACGUACAACACGUGGUUGAAACCGACUGUGAAUACUGCGAUCGCGGCCGAUGCUGCGACAAAGAUAUGGUGUCAUGCGAUCAACUACACGCAUAGCCUCUUCUUGCCUUGCGCCCAACCGCUAGAAUGGAAAAUUUUGAUCAAAUUUGCCUUUUCGCAAAAUCAGACCACCCUCGGGCUUUUCAAGGUCGAUCCUGGGGCGCCGGAUAUUCAGGAUGCUUGCACACAGAUGUGUAUCAGCCUGGACUUUUGCGAUGGCGUGCUGACGAGAAACGACAACUGCGUAAUCCUGAAUUCAACGCAACUCGAAUCAACCUCGCCAUCCUAUAUAAUUCUCCGGGACAACUUUUCCGGUUACGUAAAUUCGGGUGGAUGCGUGGAGAUGCAAAACGAUUCCUAUAGUUUUCUGGCCGGAAUCCCGGAGCUGACUUGCCCGAUCAUUUACGACGAGCCUUUCGAAUGUUUCUAUCUCCGGCAAGACUUCAACACGUAUCUAAUUCAGAAUGAGCCACAGGGAGGCUGGGCAGAUCUGUAUUGCCCGGUUCUAAAUUCGAGUUCAAUUUGCUGGACAUGGUCGUCUCAUGAUUUCUGGAUGUAUUGGACAGCAAUUCUGGCACGAAUCAGCCCUUCCGUGCUCGCCUGGACUGGCAUUGUCUACUCGACGAGCACGGCAAGCUAUUCGAGCAGUUGCAACUUCACCAUCGACUACAGUUGGUUGGACGACGCGAGGACGACGGCCACAGCCCAAAACGCCAGCACCGACCUUUGGUGCAAUGCGAUCAACUCGACAGAUUCCCUGUUCCUGCCCUGUUCGCAAUCAAUUCCGCUGCGCAUCUGCGGCUUGAACAGU